AGAAUAAUAUAUGCCUAUAUGGAAAGCCUUCCUAUAAGUAUAUAUGCAUAUAUGUACACAACUCUAGCCACUUUGAUCUCUGUAUACGCCAAUGGUGACAACUGGUUUGAGAAGAAAAUCAUCGAGCAGCACCACCAGAGGCCACCAAAAAUUCGUCGGAGUUCGGCAGAGACCUUCCGGCAGAUGGGUGGCGGAGAUAAAGGACUCUCUACAGAAGGUCAGACUUUGGCUCGGCACCUUCGACACAGCCGAGGACGCCGCGCGCGCGUACGACGAUGCUGCGCGCGCCUUGCGUGGGGCCAACGCACGCACCAACUUCCAAUUGCCUGCCUCGUCUUCUAACCAAGAUGAUCAAGAUCACAACAACUUGGAGCCCUUUUCUUUCGAGCAAGUGUGUGCGCCUACUAGCUCUGCAGCCUCAGAGGGCUUACUAGGAGCCCUUAAAGCCAAGUUGUUGGAUAGUAAUGGUGAAGCCAAGCCCACCACCAAGGCCGCCGCCCUACUCUUCCCUUUCACGGCCAAACCACCUCAUCAGAAUCAAUAUAUGAUGAGUAAUAAUGUUAAUACGGCUGAUGAUCAACUAAGUGUGGUGUUGGAUGAUCAUAAUCAUGGCCUUGCAGGCCAUGGUGGGCAGCAGGGUCAUGAUCAACUGCACGGUGAUCAUAAUUCAUCGUGGAGUGGGGUCUGGUCCAGCAACAAACCACCGCCGUCGACCAUCGUCAGCAGCCAUAGUACUGAUAACAACACUACUCAUCAUGUCAAGGCUACAUCAUCAUCAUCCGAUCAUCAUCAUCAUGCCUCGAAUUUAUCAUCAUCACCAUCAGUGCUUAGCAUUAAUAAUAAUAAUAAUUUGUCUAUAGAUUCAGAAGAAGAAAUGAUGAUGAUGGUGCAGUAUCCUUCAGCAAUUACUUAUGACAAAAAUGAUAUUCACCACCAUCAUCAACAUCAGGAACAACAAUUUGAUGACGCAGCUACCUUCUUUGGAGGUUCUAAUUCUAUUAACAGUACUAGUACUUCUUCCUCAUGGGAUUCUCUCUCUUUUUUGUAUCAUUCCCCCAAAUUUUAUAGUAAACUUAAUUAAUUAGUAAACAAAUUUAACUUCA